UCACCCCGACACACUCAGUCAUCACCAUCUUUGUUGUGGUUAAGCACCUCGCUCUUCACGGGAUUUUGCGAGAUUUCGAGGCUGGAGAGACGGCUGAGCAUAAUGGGGGAGGAGAGUGAGGAUGAAUAUGAUGACUCGACCUCACUUCCCCCACUCAAACGCAUCUGUGUCACGCAAAUGGAUCUUCUGAACCAUUUGUUGACCGAGGUUACCGAAAUCAAAACCUGUAUGAACACCCGCCUUACCUCACUGGAGACAAAGGUUUCUGUGUUGGUACAAACCUGCAACAGAAUAUCCUCCAAGUUGGAAACAAUCGAGCGGCUCGUUGGGAAACAACCAGAACAGAAUGCACCUAUGGAGAUGGCUAUCGAGAUGUCCAGUGCCCCAAUAUUGGUACAGGACACAGAUGCCAACAACCACAUGAACAUAAUCUCACUUAACUCAGAAGAUGACUUCCCUCACGGCUCCUGGCUCGGUGACCCUUCACAUCCCACACUGCGAGUCAGAUGCCCAAUAACACCCCAGAACCUUCUCCAUAUCAACUCAACGUGUAUCACUGCUGAGAAGAUGGCUCUUACACUACUGGACUACCUCUUUACUAAGGAAGAAUUAGCUACCUCGAACUUGUCAGGCAGAAGUAGGUGGAACAAACGACAGCUAGACCCACUGAUGAUCUUCGGAAUACGUUGCCACCUCCAGUACAAAUUCAACAUCUCAUCCAAGCUGUGGCACAAGAUAUGUCAAAACAUGGACUCAAAGUGCCGCUCGGCCUGGAAACGGCGGAUCAGAGGCAUGGUCACUCAACCCCGAAACAGCAGACAGGCGCCCCAGAUCGGACAUACCUCUUCAGUUCGGAAGGAUCCUGCCGUCACAGAAGACAUAUCCUUUGACUUUGACUCUCUUCAGAACUCCAACCUGGACCUUAGUGAUGUUAAGGUGAUAACUCAAUCCCCGACUUGUGAACUUCGAAUAUUGAGCGCCACCCCAGAGCAGAUCUCCCACCUACAAGACACCCAAGAGAUUAUACUGUCGGAAGAGCAGAUCCUCGCCCAGUCCUCGAAUGAGAAGAACAUCUUGAUCAGUAACUCCUCAGCUGUGUCCAUGAGCACUGAGGUUAUGAGCGGGGAAGAGCUGGGCGAGGAGCUGGACAUGCCCCACGACACGCCGCACUCCCCGCUCUCCGCCCAGACCUCGACUCUGGCCGCCAUGGAUGACCCGCACCAUCGCAUCACGCUCAAAUCAGAACCCGAGUUGGAGAUCUUAGACCAGCAUGGGAUAUUGGCCAGAGACUCGGAGACAGACGAUUGAAUGAUAUCUGUUUGUUUUCAUUCAAUACAACAGAUAUAAUCAAUGAUGGAUGAAUAAAAAUAAUUAUGCAGAUAAUGGCAAUAAAUAAUAAUGACUGCCAGUUGUACAAGUAAUUAGCCACCAUAGUAGUACAUUAUUAGAGUAAUUGUAAGAAAUUAUGAAUACAACUAAAAGAUUAGAAUAUUUGACAUUAUUUCCUGCUGAACGUUUAUCUUAGUUCAAUAAACAAUAACACAGAUCCCUUAUAAUGUUUGAUGAUUAUUUUGAUAUUUGAAUAAUAUUUUCCCUAUUUUAUGUUUUUUUGGGGAAUCAAUGUUCAGUACUACAAGAACAAAUCACCAAGUUAGCCAUAAUAGAGAGGUCACUUCCCCAAAAUCUAAUGCCUAUGUACAAAUACAAGAUGAAUGUAUGUUAUGCACAAAAUCUAAACCCAGCAGCCAAACACUUGGAAGAUUACAUUUAACUUUUAUGCUGCGUAGAGAUGAAAAAAUAUAUCCAUAACUAUAUAUAUAUAUUUUUUUUUUACUAGUGAGUUAGUUAUACAUACAUAGAAAUUUAAAUAAAAAAAUUCACUGCCAUAGAUCUGCCUUCUAUGUCUCUUAUCUAGUUUGAAAUAGUUAUGUAUUUUAUCCUGAAGUGUUGGAUGAGAGUGUGGGGGCAAUGAUUCUCUUGCCUCUUCCAUAUUGUUAUCCUCAUGUUGAAUAAAUUAACUAUAAUAAU